CUAUUUUUUAUUAUUGUACAUCCGUAUGUACUUACAUCGAUUAUCUUCGCACUGGUGUCUACAUUGUGAAAUGUGAAGGCAGUGAUGAAUAUACUUAUAUAAGUAUAGAUACUAGAUAAGUAUAGGUACUAGAUAAGAGAGAGAGAGAGAAAGAGAGAUGAUCAAAAGUUAUCCUAAAUGACGUCUGAGACGUUUUCUUUCGCGUCUGUCAGAAAUAACUUAAUAUAUACUUUACGUAUUCCAUACUUUGUACACUGCGGUGAAAUUGUACGUCAUUCGUACAACGUACAACAAAGGGACAGAGAGAGAGAGCUGCUGUUAUAGAUAAGGAAAUAAAAAUCAGUUCCGUAUUGUGUAUACACUGUGUACCGAUGUAAUUUACAAAAGAGCACGGGUGUUGGAAAACAAUAAAAUGCAAUGCCUCCGAUACCCCGGGGUAUGCGUAUCAUGUUGUUCAUUGUUUCCGUUAAGUACGCUAUCUGGAGUAUUUACUACUUGGACACCUCUGCUACUGUGCUGACUACGUCAGAAGAACAAGCAACUGCAUCAGUUACAAAAACAUCAGGAGCAGAAGAGUCUUGAAGAGUAAAGCUAUCAUGAGGUGAGAGUGUCAAAAAAUCAAUAAAGAAAAUCAGUAUGUAUGGAGAGGGAGAGCUGGAAGUCUCCGAAGGAUGGAGGUACAUUAGAGACUUGAGCACAACGACAGAUCCUAACACAAGUUCCGGUGUUCGAGAUGAGGAACACUUUUGUAAAUUGAUACUCUACAAGGAAAUACAAGACACUAGGAUAAGAAUAUGGGAUGUCAUAAUUUUAAUACCAAAUCUCUUAUUCCUCCUAUUCAUCAUAGCGAGAUUCAAUAGAGCCAGGCUCAAACUUAGAGCAACAAGCAGUCCCAUAUACCUAGCUUUUUACGGUCUCGUCGUUUGCAGUAUUGUGAUAUCAGUUAUUCGCUGCGUUGUGUCAAUGAUGGUCAAUGCAGCCGGUGAUGUUGGUGGUGUGGUAGACAAAGUGUUGUGGGUCACAGUCAGGUUUUUCUUGCUCUCCACUGAAAUGAGUGUUGUCAUAUUUGGCCUUGCGUUUGGUCACUUGGACAGUCGUUCUAGCAUACGCCGAGUCUUGUUGGCCACGUCCUUUAUAGCCCUGAUUUUUACCAUAAGUCAAGGAACUCUCGAAUUUAUUUUGCCGGAUGACACAUUCCGCAUACCUAGCCGAGAUUUUUAUGUUUUCGGCCAUGGAGGAACGAUGUUUUGGUUUUGUAGCAGCAUCGUUUUUACAACGAUCUAUCUAUUCAUAUUGAUACUACCUUACACGAGAUUACGAGAGAGACUAACACUGCCUUCUCGUAAGGGUUUUUACGUAUAUGCUGCCCUCCUCGCAAUGAUGAAUUUAGUUCAAUCGGUAGGAGCUGGCCUUUUAAACUACACUCAAAAGCUCGAGGGAUUGUGCGUCAUCGAUUUCACUGCUGUACUAUACCUGACUUUGUUCACGCCACUAGUUUACCAUACGUUCCUUUCGGAAUUCCUUGGAGUAUCGCAGCCAUCGAUAAUGUUCUCCUACAAAGCCCAGGUGGACGACACAAUGGACGAGGACACAGUGUCACUGCCGCACCAGCAGAGCUUCUCCUCGCUCAAGACGGACAGCGACUACAUUUACCAGGUCCAUACCCCGCGUUUUCACGCUCCGCUCUUUCACUCCCAGUGCCUCGCGAAGCCCUCCUUUUCCAAAUCCAACCGCUUGAAAAGCAGCUCCUCACACGCGACUCUGCUCUACCACGAGUACUCGGCCCAGCGACGCCUGCACCCUCAGUCUCGGCUCAAUGUUCAGACCAGCGCGCCAGAUUUAAGACUGACAGCCUCCAGCCGCACGAUAGCCGACAGUCAAGAGAACAAGGACGAGGCAGCGAGUGAUUCCGAUUUGCUCUUGUCACCCAGCACUGCUAGUGAAUUCGUUUUCGAGCCCCAAGAAAACCACAGCAAAGCCAAUUUGUUUCCCUGUGGUUACAAAAGUGACAGUGCCGUCGAGGAGGCCAGAGGAAGAGCUCGGCGCUUUGCUGACGCAGCUGGGCCAAGUGAAAACGUCAGCAGUGGCUCUAAAGACAAGCCGAGGUUGUCAGAGUCAGGAGAGCAAGAGUACAAGACUGAGGAGAAAAAGUCAGGCGCGGGUGUGAGCGAUUAUUUGAGACACGUGCGAAAUGAAGAAAGCAACGAUGGUGCGGACAGUAACGUCCAAGUUAUGCUUUCGCAAAAGUCGAAGAAACCGUCCGCGGACUCUUUGUCGUCGUCCUCUUCGCAAAGCGAGGCGCUGUGAACUGAAAUUCGUUUAUUUUCCACAAGACUGACUUUGUUUGUGCGAACGGUGCUUUAGCUGUUUCGGUGCUUUGUUGUUAUAUUUUCAAAAUUAUCCUGUGCUUGUGAGUGAUAGUGUCUAAAAAAUCGCAUUAUUUGAAAAUAAUUUUCUUUCGCGAGCUUGUUAAGUUAAUUUUUUCUAAAAUUUUAUCUCUAG